AUGUGUUGUAACGGACCAAGGAUAACAAAGAGAAUGGGAUACCGAGACUGGAGAUGGCAGGCGCUUUGGUGGCAUCAUUUCUUUCUAUUGUGGAGUACAAUAAACGGACAAACACGUUACAGCAUUCCGGAAGAACUGAAACAGGGCUCUGUGGUAGGAAAUCUAGCCAAAGAUCUUGGUUUGGGACUAACAGACAUGUUUGACCGCAAGAUGCGUGUCGCCUCUGAGGCUGGUGAGCAGUAUUUCAGUGUGGAUGCGGGGAAGGGCGAGCUGGUGGUGAAUGACAGAAUAGACAGAGAGGCUUUAUGCGGACAAAGCGCCAGCUGUGUUCUACCUCUGCAAGUAGUUGUUGAAAAUCCUUUGCAGUCGCAUCGAAUUGAAGUGGAAAUAAGAGACACAAAUGACAAUUCUCCUAGUUUUCUUACACAGGAGAUUAAUCUUAAAAUACCAGAAUCAGUUGCAAUUGGCAAACGCUUUCCUCUAGAGAGCGCGGAGGACCCUGAUGUUGGAAGCAAUUCUUUGAAAACUUACUCUCUAAGCAAAAACGAGUAUUUUUCUCUAAAAUUUAAAGACACUAAAAAUGGUAAAGCUGUCCCAGAACUAGUGUUAGAAAAGCCAUUAGACCGGGAAAAGAAUGCACUCCAUCAGCUGCUGCUGACAGCAUUAGACGGGGGAAACCCGGUCAAAUCGGGAACCUGUAAGAUUAUCAUUACAGUACUUGAUAAUAACGACAAUUUUCCAUUAUUCAAUGAAAACGAGUACAAAGUGUCUUUAAAAGAGAACAGCACCAAAGGAACAUUUGUGAUUAAACUGACAGCUACAGAUGCCGAUGAUGGUCUCAAUGGUGAAGUUAAAUAUUCUUUCGGGUCCCGCACUCCAGACUUUGUGCUAUCAACAUUUGAAAUCAAUGAUAUCACAGGAGAAAUUGUAUUAAAAGGAGCAUUAGAUUAUGAGACUUCUAAAUCAUACCUCAUCGAUAUAACUGCUAAAGACAAAGGCACUCCAGAAAUGGAGGGCCACUGUCGUGUACAGUUGGACAUAGAGGACAUAAAUGAUAAUGCUCCAGAAAUUGUGCUUACUUCAAAACCCAGUCCUGUACGCGAGGACGCACCAAGUGGCACAGUUGUGGCUUUGAUCAGUUCACGAGACGUUGACUCUGGUGAUAAUGGUAAAGUGAAGUUACAGCUUCCCAAACGUUCUCCUUUCACUCUGAAACCAUCGUUCUCUAAUAAUUACGAACUGGUUACCAGUGGUGCUUUAGACCGAGAGAGUUUCUCAGAGUAUAAUAUUGAGAUAACAGCCACUGAUUCAGGCUCUCCUCCUCUCUCUAGUAAGAAAAUUAUACCAGUCAGCAUCACUGAUGUGAAUGACAACCCUCCUGUAUUCACUCAGCCCUCCUAUAAUGUAUAUUUAAAAGAGAACGGGGUACCAGGGUCUAUACUGUACUCAGUAUCAGCAUCUGACCUGGAUUUUGGUGAAAACGCCAAAAUCUCUUACUCUAUACUGGACUCUAAAGUGCAGGACGUGUCUGUCUCAUCUUAUGUUUACAUUAACUCAGAUAACGGCAGCAUCUACAGCAUGCACUCGUUUGACUAUGAGAAACUGAAGGUGUUUCAGAUUCAGGUUCAGGCAAAGGACCAGGGCUCUCCGUCUCUCAGCAGCAACGCCACUGUCCAUGUUUUUAUCCUGGACCAGAAUGACAAUGCCCCCGCUGUUAUUUACCCCUCCUCCGCUGCCCUGGGCUCCCUCUCUCACCAGAGGAUGCCCCGCUCCGCUAAAGCGGGUCACCUGGUCACAAAGGUGACGGCCGUGGACGCUGACUCGGGCCAUAACGCCUGGAUCUCCUACAGACUGGCGGAGGCCACAGACGCCUCUCUGUUCACUGUCAAUCUGUACACAGGGGAGGUGAGGACUAAACGCGCUGCGUCCGAGCAGGACGACUCCUCUCAGAGGCUGCUUAUAGAGAUCAAGGACGACGGGGAACCGGUCCAGUCCUCCACCGUCACGGUGUCC